CGGAAGAGCGCGGGAAGCGCGGUGCCUUCCUGUGGCUAUGGCGUCUGUGGUGCUGAGCGAGGCGGAGAAGGUUUACAUCGUGCAUGGCGUCCAGGAGGACCUUCGUGUGGAUGGUCGUGGCUGUGAAGACUACAGAUGUGCAGAAGUAGAAACAGAUGUUGUGUCAAACACAAGUGGAUCUGCGAGAGUAAGGCUGGGACACACUGAUAUCUUGGUGGGUGUAAAAGCUGAAAUGGGAACGCCCAAGUUAGAGAAACCAGAUGAAGGUUACCUGGAAUUCUUUGUUGACUGUUCUGCAAAUGCUACUCCUGAAUUUGAAGGCCGAGGAGGAGAAGAACUUGGCUCAGAGAUAGCAAAUACACUCAACAGAGUAUUCAGCAGCGAGAGCACUGUAGACUUGAAAUCCCUUUGUAUUAAUCCCAGGGAGCACUGCUGGGUUCUCUAUGUUGAUGUGCUGUUACUGGAGUGCGGUGGGAACCUCUUUGAUGCAAUCUCGAUCGCAGUGAAGGCAGCUCUCUUUAACACAAGGAUCCCCAAAGUGCGUGUCCUGGAGGACGAAGAGGGCUCCAAAGAGAUCGAGCUGUCCGACGACCCUUACGAUUGCAUGCGACUCAGUGUGGACAAUGUGCCCUGCAUUGUCACCCUCAACAAGAUUGGGUAUAGGCAUGUGGUGGAUGCCACUCUUCAGGAAGAAGCCUGUUCACUGGCCAGCCUGCUGAUUUCUGUCACCAGCAAAGGAACCCUGACUUCUAUGAAGAAAAUGGGGAAGGGCAGCCUGGAUCCUGAGAGCAUUUUUGAAAUGAUGGAGACAGGAAAGAGAGUAGGCAAGUCACUGCACAUAGCCCUGCAGAAGAUUCUGGAUGAAGAAGAGAGUUUGGGGACCGCAAGGCAGAAGGUUGGAUUUCUAGGCUGAGAUUGUAUUAAAUGUUCCAAACUGUUUUUUAUUGGUUGUGCAAUCUGGUCUGUUUGUAUAUAGAAAACCUUUGUCAUUCCAGUACCUUUAUCCUGCCUGAGAGGCUUUUAGAAUCUUCCUAAGCACA